CUUUUUGUGUUGAUAGUGUGUUUGACGGAUGGAUAAAAUGUAGUGCAUUUGUGAAAUAAAAAUUUUUUUGUGUGUGUUAAAGAAAUGCGAUUUCUUUCAGGGUAUUUACUGGUUAUUGUGAUUGGAUUUAUUUUUUCGGAAAUAGAAUGUAGUAGAAUUAAACGUGAUGUAGGGAGAUUAAUGCAAGAAUACCCUUUCAACCGGUUCCUGUUGAGGACGGUUCCCAAACCAUUCCAGAUAGUUUUUGUGAAGCUUGUGAAGAAACAUAGCCUGGAACCAGCCUCUACAAGAGUACGCAAAAUUGGACAUGGAAUGUAUGAGCACUUACAGCAAGUGACGCUACAGAUCAUUAUAGACAAGAAAAAACACAAGCUGAAACUGGAGAGAAAUGAUGGUUUGUUCUCGGCCGGGUUCCAGGCAAAGCACUUCAAGGAACAGCAGUCACAGGUCAUUGAGAAGACUGUAGAGCAAUGUUACUACCAAGGUGUUGUCAAACGAGAUGAAUGGUCUGCUGUGGCUGUAGCAACUUGUGAUGGAAUCAGGGGGUUGAUCCAGUUAAACAAUGAGACGUACAUCAUACAGCCGCUGGAUCAAGGGGAUCAAACUGGGGGUGACCGUCCACAUAUUGUAUACAAGGCGACUAGUUCAGAUACAGAGAGAUGCGGUAAUGAUCAUGGAAAAUGGCUUCCGUUUCAUGAGUUACACAAAGGCGAAUUCCUCAGAAAAUUGAAGUUCCUCAAUGCACAACGGACAUUAAACAAAGAUGCAGCCAAAGUGACCACCAAGUAUAUAAAACUUGCCUUGGUUUUGGAUAACACUAUGUAUUGGUCAUUGAACCUAACAGUGAAGCAAGUGAUGGAGUUUGCCAUACAGACGACAAAUAUUGUUGACAUGUAUUACAAAGAGUUAAAUAUACGUGUGGCAUUGACCUAUGUAGAACUGUGGAACCGUGGUAACAGAAUCAGUGUCUCACAGAAGCUCAGGGAAACGCUAGAGAACUUCAUGAGAUACCAACAACAACAUCUACGAGGGGUGGAUCAUCAUGCUGCUCAUUUACUUACUCGCCGAAAAUUUGAGGACAAUACCAUUGGAAUGGCAAUACCAGAUUCUGUAUGUACUGGACGUGCUGGCGGUAUUAAUUCUAACCCAAGUUAUUUGGAGCCACAGAAAGGAGUAACCAUACUGUCUCACAUGAUUGGACAUAAUCUUGGCAUUAAACACGACGAAGAUGAGGACUGGAGAUAUUUAUAUCACGAAGGUGGCUGUCACUGUGAGGAUGAUUUUGGAUGUAUUAUGUCUACAGAAGUCCUAGCUACCCCAGAGAAACAUUCUCGCAUGUUUUCCUCAUGUAAUGUGAAGGACUGGGACAUCUCCCUAAAUAUGGGUAUUGCUGACUGUCUCAAUAAAAACCCACAGCCAACAUUUCCUCAGUUAUGUGGCAACAAGCAUGUGGAAAGAGGGGAAGAAUGUGAUUGCGGAUCUCCCGAGGAGUGUGCGAGAACUGAUCCUUGUUGUGACCCCUACACUUGCCUGCUGCGUCACUGGGCACAGUGCAGGACCGGAUCAUGCUGUCAUAAUUGCACUUACUUGUCACCUGACUAUGUUUGCCGUGAGAAGUCUACAGACUGUGAUGUUCCUGAGUUCUGUACAGGAAAGGACGGACAGUGUCCUUCAAACAAUUAUGCCAAAGAUGGACAUUCGUGCAACAAUAAGACAGGUUAUUGUAUGGGAGGAAUCUGUCCCACACUUGAUAAACAGUGCCAGCACAUUUGGGGCAACGAUGGAUAUAAGGCCGAGUUACAGUGCUAUGAGAGAUUUAAUCCCACAGGAAAUUUCAAUGGGCAUUGUGGGAAGGAUGACAGUACAGGAUCAUAUGCUAAAUGUCUGCCAGAUGAUAUACAGUGUGGGCUGUUGCAUUGUUCCGGGGGAAACAAGAUGCCGUUGUUUGGACCUGACAAAGAUUCUUCAAAAACUACAUUUUCUUCAAAUGGCCUGGAAUAUGAGUGCAAGACAGUACAUGGACCAUCAACUCUUGAUUUACCCAACCUUGGUCUGGUUCUAGAUGGUACUAAAUGUGGCGAUGGACAUGUCUGUAUGAACAGGAAGUGUGUGGCGCUUAGCAACCUUGACCCAUUAAAUUGUCCUGGAUCUGCCGAUGCUGUUUGCUCUAGAAAUGGGGUUUGUACCAAGGAUGACAUCUGUUUUUGUAACGAUGGUUGGGGAGCAGAGGACUGUUCUGAAAAGCUGAACUCAACUCGCAAAAUGCUUUCAAUAGAUAUGAUCAAAACAACAACAACAACUACCACAUCAGCUACUGUAGAAAAUGUCAAGGUUAUUCCAUGGGAUGUAUUGCACAGUACAGCCAUACCAGCAUCCACAGAACUUUCGUCUGCUGCAGUGGUGCAAGCAGAGGAAUCUGGCUGGUUGAACACCCAGUGGAUGAUGAUUAUACUGGCCUCAGUGAUUGGUGGUCUGGCCCUCAUUCUGGGCCUCUCGUUUGUGUGUUACAGAAGAAGAAGUCCUGUCAAACUGGAGAAGAAGCACAAGAAGAAAAAGUACCCCAAAGAUGGGGAAGAAAGCGACAUAGAAAGUGCAAAUAAACUCAUCAGUUUCGGCAACCUGCCUUCAUAUAAAGAUGAAAAGAAGAAAAAGAAGAAGAAAGGUAGAAAAGGAAAGAAGAACAAGAAGGGAGUUAAGUCUGAAGAUGACAGUGAUUUAGAGUUACCUCCCCCUCCAGUUAUAAUCUCUGAUCCUCGCAGUGCAAGACCAGAAAAAGGAAUUUUGAAAGGUGCCUACAAUGGUGUAAAAUACGCCAAUGAAAGGCGGAGCAGUGAAUCAAACACAGCCACCUCAUCAGGGAGAGAUCUGGAUAGUGUCGGACCAUACGAUGAGAUUGAAGAAGAUACUGAAGCAGGUGAGAUACAGGACAUCUUUAGUGGAAACUCGGAUGAGCCUGAGAAAUCCCUUGAUGCUUUGGAUAAUAUGAUCGAGUCAUCCAGUUUUGAUUUCAUGCUUCCGCCACCUUUUAGUAACAUUGGCCUACAAAAUAGGUCACCGUCACCACCUAGAAAGUUCACAGGAUAUGAUAUUCCUAUGACGAAUUUAGCUCAUGCUCAACGGCCAAACAUGUGGAAGACAACAUUAACAUCACCGCCAAAAUCCAGGGUGUUGCGAAUGAGAAAUUUAGAUGAACUGUUACAAACUAUUGACCGUAAUACGAUAGAUCUGUCACCAUCUCCGGAUGACCCUCCAGUACAGAUUUCACCAUCGACAUCGGAGGAUGUGAGAUCGAGCUCAACGGAUGACCGCCACUACCCAGCAAGUAGCCAUGAUCCACAGAGUCCAAAUUCUAUAACCAGCGGGAGCACCUGCACAGCAUUGAGGCCUUUACUGGGUAGUCAGUGGAGUAAAUAUGUGCUACAUCGUAACAACGGACAAAAUGGUGAAAACUUUAAUUUCGAUGAUAUUGAGUCACCGUUACCUCAUAUUAAUAUACCCCCACCAAUGAAUCCAAUAAAUAUCAGAAGUAUUUUUAAUUAUGGCCAAAAGAGCAUGAACAGAGACAAUAAUGAUACCCCUCUAGGGAGCCAAAAUGGUGAAUGUAGCUCUAACAAUGGAACUGCCAAUUCUCGGAAUGGGUAUGAAAAGAGUUCUGGGUAUGGAAGUGAACAUGACCCAGAAAGAUUUAGUAUCGAGGAUAUUUCUCGGAACCAGUCUCGUUCAGGUUCCGCAUCCCCGCCAAAUUUCAGUGCUGUUAUUAGAACUGGUCCAAAUCAGAUAAAACUGGUACCAGCUGGAAAAUAUGGCGGCUACAGUUAUAAUCCAAUGGAUAAUGAUUUACAGAAGUUGUUGGAAGGAGUUCCGAGGAUUGAUGCAGGGUGCUAUGAACGGAGUCCUAUCACAGGAAGUCAGGUUGGUCCGAUGACUGGCCUUAGCUCAAAUACUGAAACUUGCAGCAGUGUGACGUCAGGAACCAGCACACUUGAAACAUUGAAAAACUCUGUACCAGACUACUCGUCGUCUGGUCUUAAUUCAGAAACAAACACUUUGGUUAACUCUGAAUAUGAACCUAUGGAUCUGUCUGCAAACAGUGAAAUGAAAAAUAGCUUAAACGACUCAAACUUAAACUACUCAAAUCUUGAAGAUUAUUGUGUAGAAGGUAAUGAAAAUAGUAAACUUGAUAAAUUACAUGAACCAUUACCUGUGCUUGCAAAUGGACCUUUUCCAAAUCCCAAGCCUCUGGGUGACUUUGAUGUAGAAAAUAAAGGAAGUGGUCCAUGUAUUGAUAGAAGCUUGGAAGAAAUUUCACAACUUGACAGUCGAAGAAACCAUAAGAAGAACAGGGACUCCCAUGAUGCUCAGAGACCUUUAAGUCUAGCGAUAAUGAAUAAACCGGAUUCUCAGCAAGGUGCUAACGAGACGGAUCAGUUAAUGAUUAAUAGAUACAGUGCAAUUGACUCAGUCCCUGUUGAUAUUAGUGAAUGCUAGAAUAUAUGAUUUUGUGAAUGUUAGAUCUUUGUUAAUGUAUUCAAUUUUGUAAACAUUAGAGUUCUAAUAUUUGUGUUGAAUGAAUUGUAUGUAUUUAUUGUGUUUGAUUCAUAUCUUUUAGGCAGUUGAAAAAAAUUUCUGCCCUGUAUUCAGCUUUAAGGAAGUGUGAUUUUGAAAAAUCUAGAUUUCAAGCUUAGAAUAUUUUUUUUUCAAAACCUUUGAAAAAUUUUAUUCAUCUUUAUUGAAAAUGGGUAAUUAUAUGAGAAAUAUUUUGCUUAUAUUCAUGUUUGAUUUGCCACAUUCAAAGUAUGAAAGAAAGGAAGAUUUAUUUGAUGUUGCUUAAAAAGUUCAGUGCUUUCAGAACAAAAAAUUUAUUCCUCUUUGUUCGUAACAUCCAAACAAAAACAUAAGAAGUCUGACAGGGUAGCGAAAACUGCAUUAAAAGAUAUGAAUCAGACUGUUGGGUGCAUCUGAAUUUAUUUGAUUGACAUACAUGUGCUGUAUUUACUCACCUAUAAGACGAGUUUUUUCUCCUAAAAAAUUAGACCUUAUGUGUUGCCUAGUCUUAUUAGUGAGUCAGUGUCAUUGACCUAAAGUAUUAAAGAAUCUGUAAAAUACUGCCGAUUUUGAAGUAAUUAAAGAGACUGUCUUAUAGAAGGAUCAUCUUACAGAUGGGUAAAUAUGGUUGUUUAUAAAAAAUGAUAAUUAUUAUAUGUAACUGCUAGAGUACACUGCCCAAAGUAAUUGUCAGAUAUAGUGCAAUUUAUUUUUCUCAUUUUCAAAAUCAUAUUGUAUUGAUAGUAAUGUAUUAAUAUAACUAGUGAUAUUUAUUUUUUUUGGCUGUAGAAUUGUUGCUUUUGUAUAACAAUUUAUCAGAGGAUAUUAAAUCCCCAUCGAAUGUGAGAUCAUUAAAUUUCAUGGACUUGAAAUUUUGUUAUUUGGACCAAAAAAGCUAUUUUAUGGAGGUAUGAAUUCUUGGAUUUUAAAUUGUUUAACUUAAAAUGAACAGGAAUUCUAUUUGUUCAUUAGGAUUUAAUUUCAUGGAUGACACAUACGCAAAAUCCUCGAAAAGUAGUCCACAAAAAUAGUCCCCCAUGAAUGUUAAUGACUUCACAGUAUGUAAUGCAGUGUAGCUAAUUAAUGCACAAAACUUCAAACUACAUGUCAGUAUUCACAUUAGUUCCCAAUAGUCCUACACUAGGUAAAGUUCAUAUCAAUAUAAUUAAAUAUAUUUAUAUCUGCUUCUCAGGAGAUGAGGAGAUGGAAUAUAUUGCUGUGCACAUGUUGGCCAGUCCUUCUGUCUGUGUAUUGGUAGACUACCUAAUAAGGCUAAUUGGUUUCCAAUCAAUAACUGAAAAGCACUUGAGCCUUUGGCUUUCAAACGUAAUAGAAUGACAGGCCUUGACACUAACUUUUUAGUGGUGUCCCAGAGGGCCCCCUACAAGUAGAAUUUGGUGUCCCUCACUAAGACUUGAGAUCCCUCAAGUUUGAAAGGAUGAAAAGGUAUUAAAAUCUACCACUAAAUGUUAUAUCAUAUUUAUUUCUACUUUUGUUUCAAAUUACAUUCAAAUUUCAAAUUGAAUUUUUACAGGUUCUGUCAUGCCCUCAAUAGAAUUUCUCAUUUUUUGGCCCGAUAGCGAAAGUCGCGAAAACUGUUUCAAAGCAUAGUGGUAUAUUCUGUUAGAAUUAAGAAAUCAUUGAAUGUAAUUCAGUAUUGAAUGCGUACUAUUACACUGUCAUUAUUAAAAUAGGUAUCCUGGAGGAAAACAAAGCUUUGAAUAAUUGGUGUCCCUCACUAGAAUUUGGGGUCCUCGUGAUCCUGGGACACCAUUAGUGUCAAGGUCUGAAUCAUUAGCAGUAUUGAGUAGACAAAUAACUAAUGUUUUAAUACUAGGAAAGUUAAUUAUCAAGGUCACAGUAAACCCGCCCGCUUAGCUCAGUAGGAAGAGCGUUGGUCUACGGAUCGCGGGGUCGAGAGUUCGAUCCCCGGGCGGGGCGUAUGUUCUCCGUGACGAUUUGAUAAAAGACAUUGUGUCUGACAUCAUUCGUCCUCCACCUCUGGUAAUUUAUGUGGGGAAGUUGGCAGUUACUUGUGGAGAACAGGUUUGUACUGGUACAGAACCCAGGAACACUGGUUAGGUUAACUGCCCGCCGCUACAUGACUGAAAUACUGUUGAAAAACGGCGUUAAACCCAAAACAAACAAACAAAAACAAAAGGUCACAGUAACAUUUGAGGCUUAAACGGUUUUCAGUCAGUGAUUAGUACUUUCAUCUAAUGGCUGUCAAAAAUCAUUGAAUGCUUGCCUGUAGUUAGAAGUUGACCCCAAUACUUAUUGUGGUCAAAGGUCAAGGUUGCAGUGACAUUGGAACGCAAAAUGUUUUCUGGUCAGUAAAUGGCAAAUGCUUGUUUCUUCAGUCAUCAAACUGCAUAGGUUGAUUUCUGUAGCCAGUAGUUUAAGGCUGCUGUUUGUUUUUAUUGCGGACCUUGAAAUUAGGUCCAGUUACAUGAAGACCUUCAGAAAUCAAACUUGGUAGGAAGAUUGCCUGAUGAAGUAAAUGAAGUUGUUUGUUUUGGGGAUCAUAGGUUAUUUUACCAAUUACUUGUGUAUAAAUAACCUUGUGGCUGAAAGUGAUAUACAUGUACUUAGAUACCUCUGAAAGGCUGUCAUGACAGGCAAAUGUUUUUCAAACAGCUUUUAUUUGUAGAAAUAUUUUUCUUUAUUUUUUACCGCAGUAUUUACUUUUGAGUACAAAAUGUAAUGUGUUUUUGAUACUAUUUUUAAUUUGAUAUUUUUAAAGAGUCUGAUUAUUUAUACCUAGAAAUAUAUUUUUUGAUUUGCCAGUAGCAGCAGUACUUUUGUUACCAUGGAAACACAAACUGUUUCUUUUGUGAUUUUAAACCUUGGUACUUGCUCUAGUCUGCUGUAUUGCCUUGAGGGGUACCUAAGAUCUUCUUCCAAAGUUGCCUGAUAGACUUCUACAUAUGGUCAGAAGAACAAUAUCCAAUGGUCUUACAGGAUCACUAUGAAUUUCAGCUUGAUCAAAUAUACACACCAUUAGAAGAUGUAUAAAUUUUGUCAUUUUGAAAGAUUUUAUCACAAGUUACAGUUAUCUUCAUGACCGGUUAAAACCCUGAUUUGAUUUGUUAUUUUUGCUGAUACUGUUUUAUAAAAAUUGUUAAAUGAUUUUUCUUGAUUAAAUUCUUGUUGUUUAUGCUUGGUGAAGUUUGUGGUCACAAUAUCAUCCGCAUUUUGUUUAAAGAAAAUUUUGUUUUGUUCAUUAUUAUUUUUUAAUUAAAGAUGCAUAAUUAUGUCUCCCACCACACAGUGGUGUGGGAGACAUAUUGAUUUACUCCUGUCCGUGUGUGUGUCUGUCUGUCUGUCACAAAGCUUGUACGCACUCUUAAGUCAAACAUUUCUCAUCCGAUCUUCACCAAACUUGAACAAAAUGUGUUUGCCAAUAAGUCCUUGGCCAAGUUCGAUAACUAGCCAAAUUGGCCCAGGCACUUCAGAAUUAUAGCCCUUGAAACUUGUUUUUGAUAAAGCACUCAAAGUCUGAUAAUGCAGUUGAGGUCUUGGUGCAUGGUUGACUCAUAUACUACUAUUCAGAGGAUUAGGCAGUUGUGGGAGACAUGCGCUUUUCUCAAAAGCAUGUCUAGUUUUAAUUCUGAUUUUGAUCUUAAAAUCAUGAUGUGCCAUUGUUUUUAUGAGAUUUACCAAAUGCAUACUUUUUCCUUUAAUUUAAGAUCUUCACAAUAUUUGAUCUGGUAAGAGAUGUGUUAAAAUAGUUUACAGUCAUGAGAACUUGACACCCUUCAUACUUGCGUCCUAGGUUGAUAUUAUUUUAUCUCAAUAUAACAAUUUAUCUCUUGUCUAUAUUUUUAUUUUGUAAAUUUUAAUGACAUUUUUAUUUUCUGUUUGCUUUACAACUUCAGGUGUCUUUAAAACCACUUUAAAAAUUAGUGUUCUUGUCCCCUUAAACAUGUUCAUAAGUGUUUAUAAAAAUUUAUAGUUUUAAAGAUAAAUCACGCUUUUAUUUUCUUAGGCUAAAACAGACAAAUUAUUUGUUUUUCGUGUAAUUGAUGACUUUUCACUAAAUUCUCGUUUUUGGAAAAUUACCUGAAUUAUUUUUCUUUUUUGCUUUUUGUAUAGAUUUUUGGCAAAACUUAGUGUUGUAAGCAGAAAAAAAUGAAGUUAAAACAGUUUUUGGUUGUAUGAUAUAUGAUUACUUAUAAAUUUAAAAAACAUGUUUGUUUUUUUUGCACCCAUUGAAUAUAUACUUCCUGCAAAAGAAAUCACAACUAUAAAUUAUAAUUUAUGUAGGAUUUAGGUGUCAGUUUUGAGGCAAAAACUUGCAAAAAGCUGUCUUCAAACACACUCUCAUAUAACUUUUCAGUUAUGCAUCAAAAUAUAAUGGAACAAUUAACUAGACGAAAAGCAUAUUUAAAUGUCACCAAGUUGUGGUGGUAGGGAGUGGUGGAAAUUCAACCGUUUGAUAUUUAACAACAUUGUUUAUGACCAAAACUUUCUUUUUUUUCUGUCUUACAUUUUGAGAUCUUUCUUUGUUAUAGUAAUGAAACCAAAGUUUUACAAUAUUUUACGCUGUUUUCAUAUCAGAUUAAUACUAUUGUGGUGUUUUAUUGCAAAUGUGUACGAGAUCUGAUAACAGUUUAUGUAAAUCUAGUCACUUAUCAUUCAUUUUAACAACCAUCAAAAAUAUUUAAUUUCAUAAAAACAUACAUGUAUAAUGGUCUACUUGACAUCAAUUAAAGUGUACAUGGUGGAAGUGUAACAUUUUUUAACAGUAAAGCAAAAAGUUAUUUACGCAAAAAUCAUUGUUUUAACUCUUAUCAUGCUGGAUCAUGUACGCUGGACAGAUUGAUUCUGGCUUUGCGACAAGUGUAGAUCUUGACCAGCCUGCACGUUUGUGCAGUCUGAUCAUGACCUGCACUGGUCGCCAUUCAGUCAAUAUCUUUUUGGUAUGCACCCCUUUUAACAGUUAAUAGUACUGUCCAAAUUGAAAGAUGGAUGAGUCCAUUUUAGCAGGGUAAGGGUUAAAGUGUAUGAUGAGAGAGUUUAAUGUGCAUGACCAGUACUUACACAUGGUCAGGGGAUUGUUGGUAAUCUUUGUGUGAGAGACUACAGUCUACAAAUCAUUUUCAUAUUUUCUAUGUACAUACUAAAGAGUUCAUAUUAAUUUAUUACCUUUCUCUACAACAUUUGUCAUAAAUGAUAUCCUUGUAUGAUACUGUAAUGUAGUACAUACACUAUUGAAUAAAUACAGAUUUGAAAUGCUUUCACAUGAUUUAUUGUAAGUCUACUAUUUUACCUGUGAAAAGCAUUUUAGAUUUAUUACCUAUACUUCAGACUAUGUAUUUUCAUGUACAUUAAAAUAUUCAGUAUGGAAAAUUAUUAAAAGUUUAUAAAUGGUAUUUUUUGAUAAAUUUUCAGUGGUCUUGAUAGGUCAAUGUUUGAAAAUAUUUGUGAAAUAUGAAUUAAUCUUGUCAACUGCAAAUUUUUGAGAGCAGGAUGAAAAAAUAAGGUAAAUCUCUUUGGUAUGCUGUAAAAGCUCUCCUGUUCCUAGUUAAUUACUUUUAGGAUAUUUUUGAUAUGAUGUAGGCCAAAUGCUGUCUCGUGUUUAUAUUUAAUAUUGUGGCCCCAGUUAUAAUGAUUAAUGUGUUAGAAUUAUAUGUAUAAAUAUGUGUACAGAUUAGCUGGACCUAGCCAUAUACCAGGUGUUUUAUACUGAUGGACCCUAUUUAACACUUUAUAUUGUUUCAGUUUGAAAGCAAAUGAACUGAAAAUGAUUAAAGAUAACAAGAAAUAUU